AAUGGUUCAGUUCCGCUUAAAUCCUGGCUAUUUUAUUUCCGACCCCCAAGAUGAUGGGAUCCAUGGCUCAAUGAAACUCUAUGCGACACCUUGAAUGGAAAUGAGGGCAUACUCAAUUGCAGAUGUGACGGAGCUCUUUCUUUCUUUACCUUCUUUUCCCUGGUGGCGUCUACUACGCGACCACCGUCUCAUGGUUGAUGACCAAGUUUCAGCGUGUAUUCAUGGCGCAGUAGUUAUGCUGGGUGUGCUGUGUUUACAUUUCACUGACGCUUUCUCGCGGUCAUUGCAUACUGCGUGGUGGCAUAGUUUUAUUCUGCAAACCAUUCCGGAAACUGGCCGUCGCUGGUCCCUCGUUUAUUGGUACCUAACAGUCUUUAAGUAGUGCGACUGUUUUGUUUAUACGCUAGCAAAGGUCAGUAACUAGACGAUGCAGCAUGGUAUCAAUGGCAAUCGGCAAGAGACUAAUGUCGAA